UGUGAGAAAUAGAGACUGAAGAAGAUGAGUGAGCUGGAACAGUUACGGCAGGAGGCAGAGCAGCUGCGAAAUCAAAUCAGAGAUGCAAGGAAAGCAUGUAGUGACACAACUCUUGCCCAGAUCACAACAAGUCUGGACUCAGUGGGUCGAAUUCAGAUGCGAACAAGGCGUACGCUUAGAGGUCACUUAGCCAAAAUCUAUGCUAUGCACUGGGGAUCUGACUCAAGGCUACUAGUCAGUGCUUCUCAAGAUGGAAAAUUAAUUAUAUGGGAUAGUUAUACAACAAAUAAGAUGCACGCCAUUCCUUUGAGAUCCUCCUGGGUGAUGACUUGCGCAUACGCACCAUCUGGAAACUACGUUGCCUGUGGUGGAUUGGACAACAUCUGUUCCAUAUACAACUUAAAAACCAGAGAGGGCAAUGUGAGAGUGAGCCGAGAGUUGCCAGGGCAUACAGGAUACUUGUCCUGUUGUCGCUUUCUAGAUGACAACCAAAUUGUCACUAGCUCAGGAGACACCACUUGCGCUUUGUGGGAUAUUGAAACUGGUCAACAGACCACCACAUUCACUGGGCAUACUGGCGAUGUGAUGAGUCUCUCUCUAAGUCCAGAUAUGAGGACUUUCGUUUCGGGUGCCUGUGAUGCCUCCUCGAAGCUUUGGGAUAUUCGAGAUGGAAUGUGCAGGCAGUCAUUCACAGGGCAUGUGUCAGAUAUUAAUGCAGUUUGUUUUUUCCCUAAUGGACAUGCAUUUGCCACUGGAUCUGAUGAUGCUACUUGCCGGCUCUUUGACCUACGUGCAGAUCAGGAAUUAAUGAUGUACUCGCACGACAAUAUCAUCUGCGGAAUCACUUCUGUAGCCUUCUCAAAAAGCGGUCGCCUCUUGCUAGCAGGUUAUGAUGACUUCAACUGCAACGUGUGGGAUACUCUGAAAGGGGAGAGAGCAGGUGUCCUUGCUGGCCAUGACAACCGUGUCAGCUGUUUAGGUGUUACUGAUGACGGCAUGGCUGUAGCUACAGGGUCUUGGGACAGUUUUCUCAGAAUCUGGAAUUAACUGGGAGCCAAACAUGUACAUUCUCCAUUUGAGAUCUGGAGAGAUCAAUGCUGCAGCCUAUAGCUGUGAAAUAACAUUUCUACCUUGUAUUUGCAGGUGAAGUUUUUCUAUUCACUGAUUAUUACACAAAAAGGCUUUCUGUAAACUAGAAAAAAAAUCAAGUGAAGAAAUAGGGGAGGGGGGAAGAAAUCACUGACUUUUUAAAAGGGGCCAGCACACAUAAUCAUGGUGACCGUCAAACUA